AUGGCGGCUGGGCGGCGCGUGAGGGCCUUCAAGUGGUGGAUGAACCACCGAGGCAUCCAAUGCAGCGACGCCCUCGACCUGACGCUCCCCGCCGCCACCCAGUCCCUCUCCAUCACAGCCCUCACCGACCUCCACGUCGGCGACGCCGUUGCCACAAUCCCCAAGUCCGCCUGUCUCACCGUCGUCACCACCUCUGCGCGUGACGUCAUCGACGCCGCGGGUCUCGACGGUAGCCUCGGCCUCGCGGCGGCGAUCAUGCACUAGCGGAGCCUCGGGGAGCAGUUGCCGUACUUGGCGGUGCUGCCGGAGCGGGAGGCGAUUCCGCUCGUGUGGACGGCGGCGGAGCUGCUGAGGGGGACGGAGCUGGAGGGGACGGUGAAGGAGGAUAGGGCGGUGAUGUUGGAGGAUUGGAAGGAGAGCAUUGCGCCAUUGCAGGGGCAAAUUGGUCCACAAUUUGAGAGGUUUUUCGGGUUUGAGGAUUACUUGGCUGCUAGAACUCUGAUUGCUUCUAGGUCUUUCCAGAUUGGUGAUCACUACCACGGAGUCGGAAUGGUUCCUCUUGCCGACAUUUUCAAUCACAAGACGGGGGCGGAGGAUGUGCGUCUGAAUACCUCUGCAUCUAGUGAAUCCGAGGAGGGUGAGAGUGGCGGCGAAGAUGGCAAUGCGUAUGGUAAUGAGUCUAGUACUAGUACAACUUCGAGUGUUGGUCCCAGUACUGGUGCUGGUGCUACUGAUGAUGUGGUUUCUAGUGAUGGUGGGGAUGAUGAUUUGGAGAUGGUUAUGGUGAAAGAUGUUAAGCCCGGGGCUGAGGUUUGUCACUGUCCAGACAGCACUUCACAGAUUAUGCCUGAUGUGAAAUGCUGCUUCUCUGAAAUUAUUUUAUUAACCCCAUGCUUAUUUUCUCGGGUCUUCAAUAUCUACAGGUUAUUGGGUAAUGCUGCACUUCUUCAUAGAUGUGGAUUUACAGAGCCAGAUAAUCCUUUUGCCAUUGUGAAUAUCGACUGACUUGUACUUAAGUGGAGUGAGUCUUUGUUUUCUGGUCAGCAUCGUAGAGCGAGACUAUCUUUGUGGAGAAGACUAGGAUACUCUGGAUGUGCCAGCCACGACUCGGAAUAUUGUGAGAUUUCCUUCAAUGGGGAACCCCCAAAUGAGCUGCUGCUGCUUUUGUUGUACAUAGUUUUGUUACAACAGGAUGCAUAUGAUAAGAUUGAUCUGGCUCUAACAACUGCGGGCAAUUCCAACGGGCAUGUGGGCGGCAUUUUAUCAGAUAAAAGUGAAAAAUUGUCCGUCAUAACUGCUGAAUUCAGUGAAGCCGUGUUGCUGACAACUUCUGUGUGUAAUGCUCUCUUGUCCCUUGCGGAUAUGCGGGAAAGCUUUUAUGGUAGAAACUCAAUAGAAGACGACAUUGAAGCACUGAAAAGGUGUUGUAGUAUAAAAGAGAAAAAGUUGUACCAUUCAUUGAUGCUACGGAGAAUGAAGGGACAGGUCACUUAUUAGUAUUCACGUCAUUUCUUUCAUGCAUUGCCUGAUUUAGGCAUCUUCUUAGUGCUUUCUCUCCGUCUAAGUGCGGAGAGAUACACACUGCUGCUGCUGUGCUGCUAUGAAAGUGAAAAUUUUGGUGAGACUAUUAUGAAGCCAACUGUGGAAUGUCGCCAUUGUUUGCCCUCAAACCUGAUAAUCGCAAUUGCCUUCUCGCAUGCCCAACAGCUCAAUUUUCCUUCUUCCAAAUUUGUUUUUGUUUAUACAGAUUGACUUGGAGCAUUGAAUCGAAUUUAACUUGCUGUCUUUAUCCAAUUCCCCUCUUUGCUUUAUCAGUAGACAGAAGUUUCCAACGAUUAUAGUCACUGUAAAGCAUACAAAUUCAUUGUUUCGGUCUGAACUUCUCCAAAACCUACCUCAAAGGAAGUCUUUUGGACGGCUUGACCAAAGAAUAGGUUGAGAUAUCA